AUGGGUGCAACUACCAAAAUUUUCUGUCCUAUUUGUGAUAAAUGUUUGGACACAAAAUUAUGGUGCCAAGAAUGCGAGGCGCAGCGAUUCAGAGAAAACUUUGAUAACUGGACAAGCAACUUCAAAGAAAUCGACGACUUUAUAAAGUUCACUCAACUCAAUGCAAAAGAUUGUACUGAUUAUUUAGAGUGGAUUUCAUUUAAUUCUUUUAUUGGAGUCAGCAAAUAUGAUGUAUCAGAAGUAGGAACAGUCUAUACUGCUAAUUGGAAGAAAGGUCCAAAAGAUGCUUGGGACGAAGUUGAACGAAGAUAUGCGGCAAGGAGAGAACUCGUAAAGGUCGCUUUAAUUUCUCUGGGAAAAGCACCCGCAGCAUUCUUAAAAGAGUUAAAAUUACAUUAUAACUUUCGACUUCGGAAUGGUCUUGUAAUAAGAUUAUUUGGUGUAACUCGAGAAUCCGUGACUGGUAACCUGAUGAUGGUCGCUGAAACCUGUGAAUGGGAUCUAAGGCAUUACGUGUCUCACCAUUAUGCCAGAUUGACCUGGUCUAAGAAAUUGGCGAUUCUUCAUACUAUCGCUUGCGCUCUCGAAUCUGUACAUAAUGGUGAACAGGUACAUCGUGAUUACACGAUAAACGGACAGAUAUUUAAAUCUCACUUGGAAAUCCCUGUUAAUGAACUGGGACUCGGAGACAGCAAGGAUCCAAUCCCGAUAAUAGGCUACUACAAAAAUGAUCUUUUGCCUUACAUGGCUCCUGAAAUCCUGAGAGGUGAACAGCCAUCCUUAAAAAGUGAUAUUUACAGUUUUGGCAUUUUAAUGUGGGAAUUGUCAACAAACAAACCUCCAUUUUACGACCGUCCUUCAAACACCAAGUUAAUUGAUUCCAUUCGUCGCCACGGGCUACGUCCCACCAUUGGUGUAGACACACCAGAUUGUUACAUCGAGUUGAUGAAGCGUUGUUGGUCAUCAAAUCCCAACGAACGUCCUUCGGCGUCAGAAUUGACAGAAAAAUUCGGACAAUGGCAUUUGUAUAAACAAAAUAUUGAUCAAUUCAGUACUGCUGAGAGAAUUCGAGUUAGGCAUUUGAAAGAAAAAGGAAUAGAUACGAAUCCUGGAAAAAUGGUUGCUCCCCCGAAAGUUCACCCGCAAGCAAUAUAUACUAGCCGAAAGCUAAAGUUUCCCGUAUUACCUUUAACUGGUGCAAGAUCACAACGAAUUCGACAAUCCCUCAAUGAUAAAAGUGCAAUCGAUUUUUCAACUUUAUUGGUAAAAGAUGAAAGUUACUUUGUCAAAAAUGGACUUUUAAACCAAAGACAAUUAGAAGAGGAAGAUGACGACCUCAUUAAACAAUAUGAGAUGUCAAUUCCAUUUGACCCAUUACCUAGCGAUAUAAUGGCUUCAUAG